AUGCUCAAGAAGCGACGAGCUGUUUUUGAUCUACCAAGAAUUAAUUUAAAAAGACAGAAAAUAUUACGCGAAAAUCAAUCAGAGGAAGUUAAAGCAGCUGUUCGAGAAGCGAACCAAAUUCAACAUGCUGCAAGACGGAGUAAAGCGACUGCUGAGGAAACGGAGGAACGUCGAAGAUCUGCACUUCUGCGAGCAGCAAACUCAAGAGAUAUAGAAACCGAUGAACAGCGAAUGCAGCGGAUAGAAAGCAAUUCAAUUGCCCAACAGAACAGACUUCCAACUGAAACAGUUCAAGCUCGCCAGGAUCGACUUCAGCAGCAGAGAGUGCGACAAGGUACGUUUCGAACAAGCAACUGGAUGUACAUGAAAGACGAAGCAUUUAAUUAUGACCCUGAUUUAAACUAUUCCAACUUCCCUC